AUGCGUCCGAAUUCUCUUUGGACGGCAGCUGUGGCACUUUUGUGCUCAGUGGUGCCGGUGGUGGCGCAAGCCGAACUUCCCACGUGCGCUGCAACAUGCUUCGCCUCCAGCCUACAAAACCAAACCAUCUGCGCCCCAACCAACACAACCUGCAUCUGCCUCUCUGCGCCUCUCACCCUCUCCCUCCAAACCUGCAUGCAGUCUUCCUGCACCCUCAAAGAAACCCUCCGCUCCAUCAACACCACCAACGCCCAAUGCGGCAUCCCCAUCAAAGACCGCACGCACGCGCUCAUCACCACCAACGUCGUCUUCGGCAGCCUGGCACUGCUCGCCCUCGGCAUCCGCGUGCUCGUCAGUCUGCAGCAGCAUAUUUGGGGCUGGGACGAUUGGUGCGUGGUGGGCGCGUGGGUGUUUGCGAUGCCGGUGACGGUGGGGCAGGCGGUUGCCGGGGGGUUGGGAUUUGGGCGGGAUACGUGGGCAGUAGAAGCGGGGAGGAUUUAUGUCAUCAUGAAGGUAUGUUGA